AUGACUAGAAUAACUCUGGAAGGAAUGCGUAUUAUACAUUCGUAUUUAGAUCAAACGGAUCAUUUUAUUAUUGAUCCUUCAUGGAGAUAUUCAUCUUUGAUUAAUUAUCCUUAUCAAUUCAUUAGAUCUAUAAUAUGUGCAGUUAAGGAACAAAGAGAAGAAGCAUAUCGGCAACACAAUAAACUUUUUGAUAUUGCAUUGACUUUUGUUUUCAGUAAAUACGCCAUAAUAUGCUUAUUAACAGCAUUAAUAUUGAAUGAAUUUAUUAUAUCUAGAUCACCACUAUAUAACACAAGAUUGAGGAAUUCAAGAAGAAAACACCUAAUAAAGUUAUCUACUAGAACACAACGUGCUAUUCAACUGAGUAAUAUUUUCAUAUUAAUAUAUGCCCUAUGUCUCCCAUUUUUUGAAAAUGAUCUAAUAAAAUGUCUUUUUAAAAGAUAUAUGGCUUUUGUAAUAGGCUAUACAUUUUCUACCACUAUUAGUAUAGUAAACCAUAGAUUACCGUUAGAAAGUUCUGAAUAUUCGUUGUUUGAAUUAACUGUACAAUAUUAUUUUUUGGAAAGAAGGCUUCUAAAUCCGUCUUUUUCAGUUAAGGAACAGUUAGCAAGAUUCAAAUGGUAUUUUAUUCCAGAUUCUAGUAUGGCCUUGAUUAAUUUACUAAUUAUUCAUAUGGUGGAGCUUUUCAAUAUCAAGAAAUACCGUUUGCAUAUUACAUGCGUUGGUGAAUUUAUCAAUAUGUCAUACAUUACUACACUAUGCUUUUUAUACGGUAUUGAAAAUAUCCCAUUUAUUAUUCAAUACAGAAAUUUCCCAAAAAUAUUUUGUACUUUAGUGACUGUGUUAUCUCUUUCAUGCUUUUUAUUAGCAGUAUUAGUAAGAUGGGACCCUAGAAAUCCUAGAGACGUUCGUAUCUCUGAUUUGCAAUAUUAUUCGUUUAUGAAAAAUUGGUGGAGUCAACUUAAUCUAACUGGGGAAGAAGAUUAUUCAUUAAUGAUUAAAAAAUUUGUUCAGUUAAUAUAUUCAAGAAAGAAUACUCAGUUGCGUUAUUACCAUAGAGAAUUACCACAUAUUGUCAUUAGAACAGAUAAUAAACUAAUUCCAGACAAUAUUAAAAUGUCUUCAUCGACCAAUUCGAAAGCUGAAAUCGAUUCUAAUAUAUCCAUUAGUUUGUGGAACAGAUGUAUCAAUGACACUAGUGGAACCGGUCAUCACAACUUUAAUCAGUAUCAUUUUUUCACACUCCCAUUAAGUUGGAAUAUAUGUAAAAUAAUAUGGAGAUAUACCAUUUCUAGAUUUUCUAAUAGACAAGACGAUGAAGAAUUGGGUUCCAACCAACCAGAAAGAUUUAGCAACACCGUUCUAGAAUAUAACACUGGCUUAAAUGAGCAUGGGAAUCAAUUAGUCGCUUCUCUUAAUGAAGAGUGUGCAGUAUAUGUUGAGGAAGAAGAUGAUGAUUAUGUAUUAGAAGAAGUAUUAUCUGAUCAAGAGGAUGAAAUAAUAGAACACAAUAAUUUCGAUGAUCAAGUAGAAGAUGACAUGGAUCUGCUGAAUUUAAUGUUGACUGCUGAUAUAGGUGCUAUGAAAGACGGUAGACAAGAAGAGGAGGAUAAAGAACAAUAUUGGUUAAGGGAAGUGACUCCUAUUAUUGGAGCCCAUUUAAUGGAAGAUCAAAGAAUGACUAGAUCUCAAUAUAUGAAAGCACGAAACAAUUCUAUUUUUAGCAUUGGAAAUCUUACAGAUGGUAAUUCACAUAUGUUUCAUAAUAAGACUUUAGAUUUACCAUGUGCUGUUUGCAAAACUAAUGAAAGGUGUAUAAUUUUAUGGCCGUGUAGAUGUUUUGCAUUAUGCGAGAAUUGUCGGGUUUCCUUGGCGUUAAGAGGUUAUGAAAGAUGUGUAUAUUGUCGACAAAGUGUUUCUGGUUACAGUAAAGUUGAAAUACAAUAA